AUGUUCAACAAUUCCAAAGUACCAGACACCCCGCGGCCUGUUAAAAGUGCUGCUAAUUGCAAUGACGACGCCGCAGAUGAAACAUCCAAGUCCUUCCUGUUGCCGAAAAUCACUUCAACGCCAAAACCGAGUUCGUUUACUACCCCUCCUAAGCCACUUGUUAUGAAUUCCCGAAGAUAUUCAUUAUCCGAUGUUUCAACAACACCAAAAUUUAACAAACGAGAAUAUUCUAGAACAAAUUCAUCAUUCAAUCCACCCGGACCAUUAUUAGCUUCAACAAAGUACAGUUUAAAUGUCAGUACGUUCGAAGACGUGAAAAGUCCAGGCCUCGCCAGUCGGAUCGUGCAGUACAACGAGGAAGCGGAAAGGGAAAAAGAACAAAGACAUCCUUCCAUGUGCCAAGCGAAAUACGGCAGUUUAGGCCUCUUCCCUGUAGUGCAUCUGUUCAAGAAGAAAUUGCCUAUCUUAGAACAAAGGCCUCGACAUGUUACUGUGAGAGUCGCGAGCCCAGAUUACACAAAACGCAUUCCCGAAUACAAACGAAAACUUUUAGACGGCUUAAUCAAACCGAGCGGAAGUAUCCAAAGAGGGCUAUCUAAUUCGAGCAUAGCGGAAAAUUCCACCGGUACUAGAAGUGUUUUGGACGCGCUAAAAGAGAUAUCUAGGAAGAGGAUUCACGCCCACGAAGAAUUCGAAGUACGUAGUGACAGUGGAAAAAGGAUCAGAACCGAAAUUGAAGAUUGCACAGAUUCGAAUAAAAGAUCAAGAGAUGAUUCAUCGUACAUCGACUCCACCAGCCCGACGAGGCAGGCUUCUAAGAAAAUUUGCAUGUACGACGAAUACGCUGCCUCUCGGUCCUCCAUGGAUUUUUUAAAGAAACAGGACGUCUCGAUUCCCAAAAGGAAGUCUAUCAGUACAGCUACUGACAAUUCGAAUGAAACCAACAAUAAGCACGUUAAACUCAUUAAUGCCGAAACUCAAACUAAUCUUGAAGAAACGAAUAAAGGCGUUUCCGAUGAAUCGAAGGCUGAUGCCGGUGCUAAGGACAGUCAAGAUGAUAAAACGGAAAAACGCGAGACUGUACUCAAAGUAUUUGACGAUGCUCCUUUAGAAAGGAUUAGGAAGAACAGAUUGGCAGCUCUUAUGGGGACGCUCGUUGGAAAGGAGCCUAUUUUAGAACCCAAACCGGAUUAUUCGAGCGUACUAAGAGACGAAGUUGAUAAAUCUGCUACUGAAGAAAUGGAUAAAUCCGCAGUUACGCCAACAACUCCUCCUAGUCCGGCCCUUAAAGUAAAGAAACAUGUCAGGUUCAACUUACCCGAGAGCAGUUCUGACAAAAGUACUACAGAAAAUUCGAAUACAACAGUGCCUAUUGUUAACUCAGGCGAUAAAGGCCUUGAAAGUGUACCGUCUACUUCAGCAAAUUCAUUCAAAAGUACUACUGUUACUUCAGUUAGUACACCAUUUUCAUUUGGUAAUAAUUCCUCGAUUACUACACCAUCUCCUGUUGUUUCUAACCAAUCUCAAACUUCAUUAUUUCCUACAAAAUUAGUACCCGACGAAAAAUCUAAUACGGAAAUCGACGUGCCCAAACCGUUUACUAGUACUAGCAAAGCCCUCGAAAACGUACCGUCUACUUCAACGAACGCUUUUCUAACCACUACCGUUCCUUCGGCGAGUACUCCAUUUUCGUUUGGUGGAAAUUCUUCGAUUACCACACCCGCCGUUUCGAAUCCAUCUCAAACUUCAUUGUUUCCCGCUAAACCAGCAUCUAGUGAAAAUUCGAACGUGCCUAAACCGUUUACUGCACCGCCUGUUGCAACUAGUCCGCCGAAAAUGGGCGGAUUUAAAUUCGAUCUUCCCAAACCAGCGGUUCCCACGACUACCAGCGGCAAAAUAAACGUUAUCAGUAACGAAAUAAUCCCGAAAAUCGGGGUACCUAACGACGUUUCGAAGCCAUCCGGUACGUUUAAUAUUACCACGACGAAACCCGCUGCACCUCCAACCAGUGCUAUAUUCGGAAUUCUUCCAUCUAACAACGCCAAAUCGCAAAGCGGUACCGCAACCACUUCGGCCAAUAGUACUUUCGCUCCUAUGAAUUUCAAGCCGCCAUCUUCGAGCACUUUCGCGCCACCUUCCGUCGGUUUCGGUACUACGGCCGCUUCCAUUAAUUUCGGCACUUCUACCACAUCGAGCGCUUUCGGAACCUCCACCGCUUCGAGCGGUUUCGGUACUAAUACCACUUCGAGCGGUUUCGGAAGCUCUGCCGCUUCGAGUGCGUUCGGUGCUACUACUUCGUCGAGCGGUUUCGGAACUUCCGUUUCUUCGAGCGGUUUCGGUACAUCUACCACUUCGAGCGGAUUCGGAAGUUCUACCGCUUCGACUGGAUUCGGUGCUUCUACCACUUCGAGCGGUUUCGGUACUUCUGCUGCUUCGAGCGGAUUCGGAAAUUCCACCGCUUCGAGGGGAUUCGGCGUUUCCGUAAGUUCGGCGAAUACCAACAAUUUCGGCGGUACUACUUUCGGUACUACGAGCGCAUCGACUACAUCGAAUAAUAUUUUCGGUGCAUCGACUCCGCCUGCUUCGAAAAUAGUAUUCGGAGCCGCCGUUACCACUACAUCGAGCUCCCUGACGAGUCCUUUGCCUCUGACCUCCAGCAGCGGAUUUGGUUCUACGAGCGGAAACGGAUUCAUGGUACCCGCGACCACCGCGGGAGGUUUCAGCGCCGGAAAUUUCGACGCUAAGAUAAACUCGACCAGCUUCGGCAACCCUUCUAACACCAACGCGUCGGUAUUCGCUUUCGGCGGUCCGAGUACCACCGCGUCGAGUACCUUCGGAGCUCCCGCGACCGCCUCGAACGCUUCGGGCUUCGGUGCGAGUCAGGGUUUCGGGGCGAAUUCGACGUUCGGAGGCAAUCAGAGCACGUCCAGUUUCGGCGGGCUCGCUCAAACGCCGUUCGGCGGCUCGUUCGGUACCACCACGGCCGGGAAUAACGCGUUCGGCGGUACCAACGCGGCGACUACGACGUCGGCUCGUUCGAACGGCGCCAACGGCAAGAUUUUCGGCGGGAAUUCCGGAGCGUUCGGCGCCCCCGCUACGACGAGUUCCAUCUUCGGGGCCGCUCAGAGCGCUUUCGUGACGACCGCCGCUCCGUUUGCGUUUACUAGUAAGACCGCAGGGAAUGCGGCCACUUUUGGGUCUACUAGUACCACUACGGCGUCGUUCGGAGGUGGUUUCGGGCAGAAUGCCAGCGGGUUUAACAGCCAACAGACGUCCGGUUUCGGAACCCCCACGAAACCGUCCGGUUUCGGUAACGCUAAUAGUACUUUCGGAGGAACUGGCGCGUCUGGUACUACCGGUUUUGGGACGCCUCAACAGCCCCAGCAGUCCUUUGGAUCUCCGGCGUUUAACAAAUCUCAACCAUCUUCGAAUUCGUUUGGAACUGGAGGUACCGGACAGUUCUCUUUCAAUCAACAACAACCCCAAAACAACGCGCCCAGUUUCGGAACAACAACAACAAACCAACAAGGGGUGUUUACGUUCGGUUCUCCGGCAAUGGAGAAGCCCAGCGGGUUUAAUUUCGCAGCGCCUUCGGGAGAGACGCCGGCGAAAUUCGAUUUCACCAGCGGGAAUUCGGGAGCACCGGCUACAUUUGGGACGGGUUUCGGGAACGCUUCGGCUGGUCCUGCGCCGAGUUUCGGGGCUCCCAUGCCGGUGGCCGGCGGUUUUAGCAUUGGAGCGGGCCCGCCUACUUCUAGGACCAGGAUUAAAGGGAAGAGGAGGACUUGA